UUGUACCCAAUCACAAAUGAAUUUUUCGAGUUGGUCAAGAAAACGUAUUUUCUGUUGUUUUUGGUUUUUGUGGAUGUUCUUGGGAUUUUUAGUAGUACGGCAAUACGCAUAUCACUUAUCGGUACCAUAUCAACAAUAUGUUUUAUUCCAAUUUUUCUUUGCCUUCAUACCGCAACUCAAGUCAUUCAAUUACUCAUUUCCCUUGUGGCGAUUCGAAAAUUCCUCAUGCACUUUUUCCCAAGCCUCAUUCCUAAAAUUCUAAAUGCUCAGAAAAUUUUAAUCAACAAAAUUUGGAUUCUAUAUCUUCUUCUUUUUAUCAAUGAUAUAGUUGGAUAUGCAUAUCACAUCAUUUCUUCAAGAAAUAUCUACAUUUCGGUGAGUAUUUUGAGAGUGAGUAUUUUAUCUAUUUUUCAGUAUUUGCUCAUCUCCAUGAAUGGCGUAUUAUUGAUUUCUUCACUCCUGUAUUUCCCUGUAUUAAUAAGUUUAUGGUGUAAGAAGAAAGAAGUGGAGGCUAGAAAAAAGAAUAAACCUCAAACUCUGAUUAUCUGGCAGACAGUUAUAAUUCUAGUUUUCAAAGUUACAAGCAUCACAAUGAUAAUCUUGUUUUUGAAUGAUAGCACCGCGUUUUUUACCGUUGCUGCUAUAAUAAUUAUCGACAUUAUCAGUACUCCAUUGAUCGUUCAAAUUUCCUAUUUUAUCAAUAAUCGGAAAAGUGUGAAAUUCAUGAUUUGGAAUUUCAGUUUGGCGAAUUUCAUUAAAGUUGUAUUGAAUUGGGAAACAAGGUCAGCGGUGGAGCCGGAGAGAACUAAUUUAGAAAUG